GUCUUUAAGGAAUGUCCAAUCAUGGAUUUCGAAGUGGAGAGAAUUCGCGAACUCACACAUGAGCGGCAACAUAUUCAAAAGAAAACCUUCACCAAAUGGAUCAAUUCCUUCCUCAACAAACAUUCGCAUUUGGAGGUGGAGGAUUUGUUUACCGACCUGGCCGAUGGCAAGAUUCUUAUGAAACUCUUGGAAAUCAUUUCCGGCGAAUAUCUCGGCAAGCCCAAUAAAGGAAAGUUACGAGUGCAAAAGAUUGAAAAUCUCAACCGAUGUCUCAACUUCUUACACACCAAGGUCCGCCUGGAAUCUAUCGGCGCCGAGGACGUUGUCGAUGGCAAUGCCACCCUCAUUCUUGGCCUGAUUUGGACCAUCAUAUUGCGUUUUCAAAUUCAAGAGAUAGAAGUCGAGGCCGAUCCAGGCGAGGACGUCCGUGAGAAUGUUGGCGAAAAGCGAUCGGCUCGCGAGGCUCUUUUGCUCUGGUGUCAAAGAAACACCCGCGGUUAUCGAGACUGCGAGAUCAAGGAUUUCAGUUCCAGCUGGAGAAAUGGCAUGGGCUUUUGCGCCCUCAUUCACAACCAAGAUCCCUCGCUUUUGGAUUACAACACACUCCAACACCACGACCAUCUCCGAAACAUGGAAAUGGCUUUUGAGAUCAAUGAUAAGCACUUCAACAUCGCCAAGCUUCUGGAUCCCGAGGAUGUUGACACAAAGAAGCCCGAUGACAAGUCCAUUAUGACCUACAUUGCUUCAGUUUAUCACAAGUUCUCGAAAAUGAGUCAAGAAAACAAGAGCGCCAAGCGAAUUCAGAACAUUCUCAAGAAAGCCUUGGACAAGGAGAAGAUGGAAGAACAACUCGAAGUUAUGCUCUCGUCGUUUUUAGAGUGGAUCCGUUGGAAGACCUUGAUCAUCAGUGAGAGGAAUUUCCAUCCCAGUGUUGAAGAGAUGACCAAUCUACUCAAGGAGUUCCAGGCCUAUUUGAGUAAAGAAAAGCCCCCCAAAUAUCGUGAGAAGGUGGAAUUGGAGGCCAAAAUCUUCGAGAUGUCCUCGCUGCGGGGAAAAGGCUCUCGAAAUAGUGAUUGGUCUUUGAAGAAGCUCCAGGGGGAAAUGGACCAGGCUUGGAUUCUAUUAGAGAAAGAAGAGAGUCGAAGAAACAACGCUAUCCGGACAGAGAUACUCCGGCUCGAGAAAAUGGCAGCUUUGGCCAAGAGCUUUUACAAGAAGGCCCAAAUCAGAGAGGGCUACAUCGACGAAAUGACCACAAUUCUCAUGGAUCCGCGAUAUGGCUCCAAUAUGGAGGUGGUGGAUGCGUCCAUUAAAAAACACGAGGCCAUUAAGGCCGACAUUCUCAGUCGGGCAGGGCGGUUGGAUGACCUCAAGCGGGUAGCCGACGAACUCAUUUCGGGCAAAUAUCACGGUGCCAAGGACGUCAUCGAACUCAUUUCGGGCAAAUAUCACGGUGCCAAGGACGUCAUGUACGUGCAAAAGCAAAUUCAAGCCAAAUGGGACCGCGUCAACGAGCUCCUUUUUGAAAAAGAGGAUACUCUCAAGAAGCUGAUGCUUUUGGCUCACACUGUUCGUGAGUUGAGAAUCAUUCAAGAUACGUGCACGGGCAUUGCUCAUCAGUUAUCCGAUGUCGAGGCCGUCAAGUCUUUGGACAAGCUACACAUUCUAUCCAAGGAGCUCGCUGUGCUCGAGAACAAAGCCAACACGAUUAAGAGCCGAACAGCUCUGGAGACAGAUCGAGUAGAUGGCGACCACGCAAAGGCCAACAAGGACAAGGACAACGCGAACAACAACGUUAGUAGUAGUAGUAGUAGUGGCACCAACAGCAACAGCAACACUGAAGUGGCGGUCCUUAAUCCGGAGGUUAGACGAACAAUCCAGAUGAUCCACGAUCAACAAGAAAUUGUCCGCCAAUUCCGCGAUGGUAUGAACGAAGAAAUUGUCAACACCAAACUUCUGGAUGACUUGGAUGAGAUUCACAAGUGGAUGCACGAGAAGUUCCAGAUCUUUGCCAUUAGUGUGCCCACUGUCACACCCUCUUCCCUCAGUCGACUACAAGAGAAACAAGCCAUCAUCGAGAAGGAAAUCCUAACUCGUUCGCAAAAAUUUGCAUCCCUUCAGGACGUUCUCUCCUCCUCCUCCUCCAAAGACAACGACAGUUUGGGCCCUCUCCGAACCAAAUUGAGUAUCAUGGGUAAAGACUUCCAGCAACUCCACACAUUGAGUAAGCAACGCGCCCAAGAGCUUCGCGUGCUCAACGAGCUUCUCGUCUUGCACCAAGAAUGCAAUGAGCUCGAGACGUGGACCAACUCGGUCUUCGCCGUGGCCAACAACGUGACCUUAGGAUCGACAGUGGACGAGUGUGAUGCUCUCCGGAAGCGAUUUCUUUCAUUUAUCCCUCCUGCACUUGAGCAAUGCAAAUCCGAUAUGGAGAGCCAGGACCAAAAGCUUCGAGACUUCAACACCAGCAACGCCGAGCACAUUGCCCAAGGGGCUCCGGCCGUGCAGGAGCGUUUGAUCCCGCAAGUCAAGGCCCUCUUCGACUACAAGGGAAAUCGGAUUCAGGUGAAUAAGAACGAAAUCAUGUUCCUCAUCGCCAAGACCAAUGACGACUGGUGGAGUGUUCGAACGAAUGACGGCCAAAAUGGCUUCGUACCCAAGAACUAUGUGAAAGAGGUGGCGCCCAAAAGUAUCCUAAUCGAGACUAAGGGCGAUUUUCUCUCGGAGGCCAUCAAAAGCUGUCAACUUGACCAUCGGCUGAGGGGUAUUCGUCAGAAGAUGAGUGAGCUGGAUGUUCAGGCCAAGCACCGCCAAAAGUCACUUGAGAACCAAUUCCUUUAUCUAACUUUCCUCAGUCAACAAGAAGUUUGCCACGAGAUCAUCGCCAAAGAAAAGCAGAUAUUGAGCAACUCGAAUAGCAACACUCCCAGCAAUGGUCCAUCCCGUUUGGACCAUUUGAAGAAGAAGGUCGAUGAUGUGCUCAGCUUUGGUCAAGAAAUGAACCAAAAGUUGCCCAAGGAUCAGACCAAGGAAAUCGACCUGAAGAAGAAUCAGAUCCGAAAGAACUGGACUGAUCUGAUUCGGCUGAUCGAAUCCAAGGAGAAGAACAAAAGUCUUCGCUUAGAAAGUGACCGGGUCAUGAAUGUGGUCGAAGAGCUACGCUUCUGGAUUCAAGGCAAGUCUGGAGAGAUUGAACACAUCAUUCAGUCCAAGAACUCGACGUCCCUCACCCAUCUCCGACUUGUCACUUCGCGGUUGGAUAACUUCGGCAAAGAGCUGGAAGCUCUGCAUUACAAAAUGGACGAGACUCUAAUGACGUUGACAACCCUUCAAGAUCCCAAUGCGCAGAAAAUGAUCAAAGAUCUUCAGAAGCAAGAGCAAACCCUCCAGACCAACUAUCAAUGGGCUCAACAGCAUUUUCAAGAUCAACUCAAGGAGCAUAACGAUAAUCAGCUUUGUCAACGCUAUCUGGACUGGGCUCAUUCAGCCAUGUCGCAAUUAACCGAGUGCCUUCACUCACCCAUCAAUCCCAUUGAAAAAGCGGCCAUUGGAAACAACUUCAAAUCCGAGAAGGACAUGUGGGAUCCCACUCUUGAAGGGGUUCGCAAUAAGAGCUUGAACCAAUAUCAAGAGGCCCAGAAGCUCGAUCAAGCUUUAACAGCUCUGCUCUCCGAAGUCAAAGCCUGCGCGGAAGACGAGAAGAACAAUGAAAGAGUGAAGAUCAAAGCCCAAGCUAUGAUACUCAAGGCCGAGGAUCUUUUGACCAAGUGCGACAACUUUGACCCUGAAAGCCAGAGCUCCAUGAGUGAGAGAGAACUGGCCCAAAAAGGAGCUACGUUUGCCGUCGAUGUUGAUAAGUUUCUGCUCACUGUGCAACAACGCCAAUCGAAGACCACAGAUGCAGAUCUUCAGAAGGCCAUCGGGAUUUUGGAGGAAUUAGCUCAUGAAGUGAAGGACACUAAGAACAUUCUGAUGGAAAAUUGCGAUUCGUUCAAGUCUUUCCACGAUUUCCGAUUGGCCUCUCGCGAGUUCCUUUCCAUGUUGGAUUCCAAAAUGACCCACGUGAAGGAUCUCUCAUUCAAGAACAAGACCAAUCUCCUUUCCAAACUGAAACGUCACACCGACUUGGAUAGUGAGAUUCGAUCCAGUGCGGGACAACUAAAAGUCUUAAAUAUGUUGGGUAACCGGCUCUUAAAGCAAGACAACUAUCAAUAUGAGGAACCCACCCAAGUGAUUCUGAGACAACUGAACGAGCGUUGGGAUGAGCUCUUGGAUCAGACUGAGAUGAAGCACAAGUUUCUGUUGACCAAAUAUCAGGACCUCACCGCUCUUCAAUCCGUCAUGGAGAUCCAAAAUGAUGCGAAUAAGCUGAAGGACAUGCUUUCCAAAGAGCGAGCUAAAACGGAGGAACAAUUGCCAUCCCAAAGCAGCUUAGAAUCCACGCUUCGAGAUUUGGAACAGAAGAUAGUUCUGUCCAAGCUCUACCAAGACAACUUGGACUCGAUAGAGGUCACUCUAAAUGGUUCAUCAAACAAGAAGGAUGCCGCUGCCGCAUCAACUUUGGAGGUGAUCAAGACCGUUCGCGGCGAGAUUGACGAAAUUCUUCAGGGUCUUCAAGCCCGCAUUGAUAACACUUUGUCUUUAAAAGAUUAUCACAACCUUUUGAGAGACAUUGAUGUGGAUUUGGUGUGGCUUCAAGAAAAACUAGACUUCAUGAAACAUCCGAUUCCACAGGAGCAAAUGAAAUCGCUCUACUAUGCCCAUGUUCACAAAGCCAUCAAGGCGGAGACCGAGACCAAGAGACAGCACCAAAACGAAUGGGAGAAGCGCUUGCCGGAGUUCUCUCACUUAGAUGCCAAAUACAAAGUCCUUGGGGAACGCCUGGAGGAAAUGACGCAACUCCUCGAUGAAACCAGUUUGGCCAAUAAAGAAUUUGAGAAGGCUCUCCUAGAGGCCGGGGCCCAAUCCUCGAUUCGAAUGGAUGUGUUAGCUUUGGAAGAUUGGUGCCGUGAAAAGCUGUCUUUUCUGGCCUCGCCCGUGCGUGUGGACGAACGCAAUAUUCUGACCGAGAUCCGGAAGUUGCAAGGCUUGGAGCUCGAACAUCAAUGUUACCUCAAAAUCGCGCGUCAAGUUCACCAACAAACGGGAGAGCACGGGGGUCUUCAAAAUGACUCCUUCAAUUUGAAUCCAACCUUCGAGGCCUUGGAUCGCAUUCAAGGGUUAGCCAAAGAGCGUGGAGCAAUCUUACAAGUGUACUCACAUCAAUUCGAGUUAAUGCAAGAGAUGAGUCUACUGGAGAACAAGAUUCAAGACAGUCAGAAAAGGAUCAUGAGGUCGUACAACAAUUUUAUUCCACAGUGCCAAAAUGGGAACCAAGCCACUCAAAUGUACAAGCACCUCGACCAAGAAACUCGCGACGACAAGGACAUUGAAGGUCUUUUGGUCGGGUGCAAGGAGGGCAUUGAGAAGAUGGACCUGCUCAUCGAACAAACCGCGGCGGAUUCCAACGAACAAAUCAAGGUCAGAUACGACAAGCUCGUACAGUCACACAGUCAACUUCGCUACAGUAAAGCUCAACUCCUCCAAGAGUUGGAGGCUCUCUCGUUGAGCCUUGCUGCCAAUGAAGAGUUGGAAAACUUGCGGGAACUGAUUCGUGAGCAUCGCUACAAGCUCUCGCCGGAGGUGGUGAAUGCAUCGAAUUUCAUCCUCUUUGCCAAUGAGAAAAAGAAUAGCCAGUCUCGUUUGGAUCAAGUCCAAACGGCUUGGGAACUGCUUCGCACCAAGUUGGGUAACUUAUCCAAGCUGUCCUCCUCUGAGGCUUGUCAAGUUGAAAUCAAGCACCUCAAGAACGAGACAGAAUCCUUCACGCAAAUGAUCACCUACAAGGAGCGCGUGCAUAGAUUGUUUCUCCAACUGGACGAGCUCCUUCAUUGGUGUACCAAGCUGAUGUCUGAGCUACCCGACAUUCGUGGCAUCUACUCCAUGGAUCAAGCUCAAAUCAUUCGAUCCACGCUCGAGCAUGUGAAGAACGAAAUCCAAGUGAGAGAAGACGACUUCUCGGCCCUUCUUUCGCCAGAGAGUUUCCGCGCGUUCAACGAGCCGGAUGAGAAGAAGAUGGCGGACAAAGCCGAGCAAUUGAUCCAGGCCCGCCAAGAGCUCCACAUGCAAUGGCAGCAACGCAAAGUCAUGAUCGAUCAAAUCGUUGACUACAACUUCUUUCUGCGAGAUUGUCGCCGAUUGGACAGUUACUACAGCUCUAAAGAGCAAUUCCUGUCUUCCCAGCCCCGAAACUUUUCCGACAUUGAUGACAUGUUCUCUGAAAUCAAGGAGCUCAAGAUGAUCAGAUCGAAUGUCUCGACAAUGAGAGGAUCUCUAGACGAGUUGAAGUCACAAGCCCAGAAAUUAGUUGACCAACACCAUGUAGAGAGUCCGUCCAUCAGAGAACAUCUGAAAAACCUGGAGGCCAAGCAACAACGAGUCGACUCCAAGAUCGUCCAAGUCCUGGACCAACUACGAUUGUGGAAGGAUGUUCGAGAGGUUUUGUUUGCUUUAGAUGACGUUGAAGAGUGGGUUUUAGGGAAAACGAAAAGCUACGAAGAACUGUUGGAUCAACUGAAAACGAAAAAUCAAGAGCAGCUGUUCCUCAGCAAGGUACCCAUUCUUGUGCAAGAGGUCUCGGGGAAAGACGACCAAGUCAACCACCUCCUUGAAAAAGGCAAAGAGCUCAGUCAAGACUCCCGAUCAGAACCGAGUCUGAAAGAGAGGCUGCCAGCUCUUCAGGAGCGAUGGAAGCAGCUCAAGAACUUGACCAAACGAGCCAAACGAGCAUUGGAAUCACUGAAAGCCACUCAACAAAUCCGAUCGACACUAAACGAGUGUCAAGAAUGGUGUCAUGCGGUGGAAAACCAGAAUCCUAUUUUCCUUGAAAAGAACGUGGGUACGCUGGAUUGCUCCCUCACCAAGAACAAGAUGUUGGAUCUUCUGGGACAAGCCAAAGCCAAAGAGUCGAUUGUCACAGACCAACACCAGAGACUAAGAUCUCACCUUGACAAUGAGACCUUUCCAGAGUCAAGAGUGGCACAAGUGCUCGAUCGGCUAGUCGAUGUGAGCACCAAGGUCAGCCAAACCCUACUUCUGGUCGACCAUGUAGAAGCAAUUCGAAAUGCAUCGGAGAGGCUUGACACCAUCAAGCAUUCUCUGGAGGAUAAGGAGAGAAUUCUCAAUGAGAAAGUCAAUUGGUCGAGCGAAUCAGCUUACUUUAACAGGAAGAAUCAACUGCAAGAUGUGAAAGCUUCAAUUCAGCGUUUUAAAGCUGACAUUGAAGAGCUAUCGAAUUUGCCUCAAAAUGAGGCUGUGUCAGAUCUUCGUCAAGAGGUCCUGGAGUCAGCCAUUGCUUUGGAUAAAAAGACUUCUAACUUAGGGAUGGUGCUCGACCAAGCUCAACACGACUUACGUAACAAUGAGGAACGCUUCCAUUUCGGCAAGAAGCUCCAGUCCAAUCUUAAUGAUGUUCUGCGAUUAUCCCAGCAGUUUUCGGAACUGAAAAAUAAGACAUUGGAAAACGAUCACCUGGAAGAGCACCUCAAGAGCGCUACAACUUUGCAAGAGAGUUUGGAACAUGGCAUUCCUGUUCAAAAUCUCACGGAAACUCAUCAGCAGCUAACGGGCAAGUGGGAAAACGAAGAGAUUCUUCCCAAGGACGAUAUUCAUGCAUUUGAGACCCGCUUCAACGAACUCCAGGGCAGCAUUAAGCAAUACAAAAACAACCUCAAGCAUGAAAUGGAGCGUCGCGUUUUUGUCGACCUAAUAGCCGACCUUCGAUUAUGGAUCCAAGAAACCGAGGCCAAACUGGUGUCCACAGCCUUAGGAAUGAAUCUAAGUGAAACCAAGGCCUCCCGGCAGAGUGUCCAAGAGAUGCUGGAUGGGCUGGAUCAGAAGCUAGUCCAAUGCCAAGAUGCCACCAAGCACCCUAAUUAUGUUCAGUCCCAUGAUAGCUUGGAUGAGGAUUUUCAGAAUGUCGUGCAAUCGUUGGAGAAAUUGAAACAAAAGCUAGACAGUCACUUGAAUGACCUCGAUCUCACUUGCGAAGGACACGUGCUUCUCAAGAAGAUAUCCCGACUGCGAACAGAAAUCAAUCGCUAUUGGAAGAUCGCUGUGGACCUUUCCGGCAUUGCUGAAAACAUGACCAUCCACGAGAAGAAAGUGAACCAUUUCAAAGUCCUCCAAAGAGAAUGCGUCCCUAUCCAAAACAAAAUGGAAGCCUUGAUCCGAGACGUCGACCAUCUCAGUCAAUCUCUUGACAAUGCAAUCAUGGAUGAGCUGUUUCAACUUAAGAGAGACAUGAUGUUAGAUUGGGAGCAAAUGGAUUCACAAAUGGCGUUAAAAACUCAAUAUCUGGAUCACGUGGAGAAGAGCACUGACAUUCUGGAAGAGACUCGCGGGUUCAUGGAGUGGCUUGCUAUCGCCAUGGUCACCAUUUCCGAGGAGCCCCACCGCACCCGCCAUCACCUGGAUGCCCAACUGGAAGGAUUGAAGUCCUUGGAGACUCAAUUGGAAGGCAGAUCCGCUCAACGUCUCGCCCUCGAAGCCAAAGUCAAGGUCGAAAUCGAAGAGAAGAAUUGUCUUUCAGAAAAAAUGGAAUUGUCAAUGGCAGAGCUGAACAAGGCCUACUGGGAAGUCGAGGCCCAACUUCAUCACAAGAUCGCUUUUCUGGACGAGCUUUGCCAGUUCUCUUCGUUGCGCCUGGAAAUCUUGAACACCCUCUUUUGGUUGGCGGGAAAGACGUCGCAACUCGAAACAGACAGCUCCAAGGUUGAAAUGGAACUUCAUAGCAUCGAAAAGCUCUCCAAACGGUGCGAAAUGAUUGAGGAUGAGGAUCAGCUCAAGAAUAUCGCGAGUUUGUUGGAACGAGCAAAUCAGUUCCACCAACAGUCCGUACAUUGCCGAGAAGACAUGGGAAAGCUCUACCAAGACCUCAAGAGCAAGCAGGCAAACUUCUGCGACCUGUUGUCAUCCAUCAAGUCUUUGGUGCUAGAACUUUUGUUUCUCUGUCAUUUUGUCAUGGAGUGUAAAGAGCUUUCGGAGGCAUUCAAUCAACAUCAAAAGUCCUUGGAAGAGAACCUGAACGUGGAUGACGAAUUAGUGGAACCCUGCCUGUUAAAGGUGGCUGCUCUCAAAGACCAAAUACCGCAAUACCGUGCCAAAAUGGAGAGCCUUGAAGCCACUCAGGACACUUCUAAGUUUCAGCAUUGUCGAAACAAGGGGAUUGCCCUGGAGUCGAUGGUGCGAAUGAAGGACGUAUUUGAAUCAUUUCGAGAUCAAGUUAUGGCUGUGGAGGAGAAACUUCAGAUACGCUUUUGGAGCAUUCAGUUAGUCGGUCAAGUAGACACCCUUCAAACCAGGAUGGACUCGCAUUUUGCAGCGCUCUCCAGUCAUCCCAUCUUGGAAGUGGUCAACAGUGCAGAUCAGGCCAAUGUGUUUCUCCAGGAGCGACGCCUCAACGAAAUCGAGACCCAAUCCAAGCGCACCAAAAUUGACAUGGACAAACUCCUUGACUCGGUCUUGGUCCAACGAGACUUGCGAUCCAACCCAGAUGGUUUGGCUCUGGUGCAAAACGAAAUCAAGACCUUGGAGGCAAAGUGGCAAGCUUUGGCGAAUCUGUUAACGGCUCGAAAAGACACCUUGGGCAAUGCUAAAGCCAUGGUAGAAAUGUUCCGAAAGUUCGAGGACGUCGAGAACUCGAUGACCCAUGCUAACGCUCAGCUUUUCGAGACGGACGGCACUGAAGAAGACGAGCUAAAUAUCGCAAUUGAAGCCAUCGAGAAAGUCAAUAUCCAGCCCAUUGAAAGCCAGAUCACUACCGUGGCCAGUGCAUUAGAACAUGAUUUCAGCUCUAUUCUUUCCAAGGAGCAACUUAAGUUUUGUACGAAGCGUGUCUCACAACUGAGAGAGCAUUUGCAAAAACUCGAAGAGAACCAACGAUCGAGAAAACGUGAACUUCAGACCCAAUUGACUGAAGCGCAAACUCUAACCGAGUAUCGGCAAUGGAUGCAAUGGUUGACGGAAGUGAUGACCAUUAUCCAGUCACAAGAUCUCGGGAAGACCGAACGCGACGAUCAGAUCCUCAUUCAGAAGCAUGAAUUGGUCAAGAACACGAUAGAUCGACGGAAACCUAGCCUUCAAGAAUACAUCAAUUCGUUGACAGGGAAACCCGAUUUGAAGGCCAAGGCUAAAUUAUUGAAUGAUCGGGUCUCUAUUGUCGAGGAAUGUUGGCAGCUGAGGUUGGAACUCUAUGUCCAACACUUAGAGCACCUCAAAUGGGUUGGACAAAUACAGGAGGUAGAAAUUUGGCUCCAGGAACACGAGAAAGAGCUGACUUCAAGCGGGGAGGAAACACAGCAUGGUCUGGAACGUUUACAAGCUGCAUUGGACACCCAUAUUUUCAUGGAGAAGGCCCUAAUGAAUUUGGGUUCCAAAGUGGACCACAUUUGCCGACCGACUCGAUUUGAAUCGCAUCUCCAAGAUUUGGUUCUAGCGGCAGAAAGAAAAGCCAACCAUCUCGAAAAAGAACGAAUCGAACACGAACUCCAAGAAAAGUUCCAAAGAAAGGAAACCAUCCGGAAAACCAAAGAUGAAAAACGCCGCCAGGAGCGAAGAAGAACACAAGAAAUUAUUAUGCCAGAGCUGCGACAGAGGCAGGCUAAUCUUGGAGAGCAAAUGGAAGCGGAUGGUCCACCAGCCAAGGCUAACAACAUCCAACAAGUCCCGCACGUCAUGAGCGGCACGCUAGAAAAGAAGAAUGAGUUUGAUGAUGGUCACAAACGUUCCACUUCGCGGACUUGGAAAAGCUAUUAUGCAACCCUCACCUCAGCAGCCAACCAGGCCCCAAACUCAAACCAUCAGUUACCAAAUAGCCUUCUUUGUUUUUACCUCAGCCAGAGUGAAUGCAACCUAAAUAAACCUCCGGUGAUGAGCUUUCCGAUCCGUCAACUUACAGUGGAGAUUCCCAAGGCACCGCACCCUCGUAGGAAGUUUGUUUUCCGAAUCAUCCUCGACAAUGGCAGUGAGUUUCUUCUCAACGCUGAAGACGAGAACGCAUUUGGCCUCUGGACGAAGGAAUUGGAUGCUGUUCGGCGAGAUCAGAAUUCUGCAGCCAACAAUGGAACCGGGAAACCAGGGAAGUUAGCGCAAACCACCCAACACGCACCAGCCGAGGAUCACCACCAGAACACCAAUGGCGGGGGGACUCUCAAGGGUGAUGAAAAAAUGAACCAUAAAGAAAGAAAGAGUAUGAUUAAUAAGUUACUUAUGCGUAAAUGACCCUGAUCAAAUAAUAAAGAAUAGCUGCUAAUAAAGUAAAAACAAGUUGCCAAAACCUCGGGGGUUUCCAGGCAUGCACUAAA